UAGGGGAUGGCAGGACCCAGCGCUUCUUCGAUCAGACGCUCACCGACCUCCCCUUCUUCCUCACUCUCGAGUCGACUGAUCGUUCCCCGGCGUCUUGUCGCCACCGCUCCUCUGCACAUUUCGAUGUGAUGGAGACGGGGUACGACUUCAUUCUCGGCACUCCGUGGUCUUGUCGGUUCCGCAGCACCGAGGCCGAUUGGGCGACCAACACUCUCGUUCUCAAAACGAAGUGUGGACAGAUGUAUCGCGUACCUUUCAUAGGUACCACGGCGACACCACGCCCCGAUCCUCCUCCCCCGGAGCCUUCAACGCCCACACCAUCUCCCUCUAUCACUGUCACCUCGCCUCGGCAGUUCGGUCACUUCAUUCGACAGGAUGGCGUCAUCUUCUUUAUCGUGGACGUGACGGAUCUCUUACACUAUGAUCCACCCUGUCUCGACGCCGAGCUCAUCCCUUUGGAGCCAGAUCCUCCCUCCGUCUCCAUGGCUCGCAUCUCUACUUCCGUCCCUCCGCCGUCCGUCGAGUCCACCCCGCCGUCGCGCACUGACACUGACGCUGAGAAACUCGCACGAUAUACGACUGACUUGGAACUCGCAUUUCGUGACCUCACACGAGAGUACCACGACGUUUUUCCAUCGUCGUUCUCGUACUCCGGCAUCCCACCGAUGCGUGACGUCGAGCACUCCAUUCAGCUUGUGCCUGACUAUCGUGUUCACCACCAGACACCCUACAGACUCUCGAUCCCCGAGGCCACCGAACUCAAGCAUCAGCUUGAGGAGCUCCUGAGACUGGGUUUCAUUAAACUCAGCAACUCCCCGUGGGGUGCACCCGUCCUCUUUGCUCGCAAAGCGGACAAAACUCUCCAUCUUUGCAUCGACUAUCGCGGUCUCAACCGCUACACGGUUAAGAACAACUACCCCAUGCCUCGUUCCGAUGAGCUGUUCGAACGCCUAGCAGGCAACCGCUUCUUUACGAAGAUUGAUCUUCGUAGCGGUUACCAUCAGAUCCGCGUCGCUGCAGCCGACCAGCCGAAGACCGCGUUUCGAUCGCGAUUCGGCCACUACGAGUUCACGGUGAUGCCAUUCGGCCUCACUAACGCUCCCGCUACCUUUCAGAGGGCGAGGAACGACAUCUUCAGGGACAUCCUGGAGCAGUACGUUCUCGUCUACCUUGACGAUAUCCUGGUCUACAUUCGUACCCUUGAGGAGCACCUCAGACACCUCUGUGACGUCCUUGACCGCUUGCGCAGAUAUGGCUUCUACGCCAAGCUGAGCAAGUGCCGCUUUGCCCAACACAAAGUGGAUUUCUUAGGACACUACGUGUCUGACCAGGGUCUCCACAUGGACGACGCGAAGAUCACUGCUAUUGUGGAGUGGCCCGCUUCGCAGCUUCCUAGGUCUGACCAGCUACUAUAUUUCACCACUGAGCACAUCAAGGGUGAGACUAAUCGGGUCGCAGAUGCCUUAUUCCGGCGCCCUGACCACGACCAGGAGCACAUCCAUCUCUCUUCCAUCUCGGUCACCGCUGUCCACCACUCGGUGAUCGAUGAGUUUCGCACUUUGUAUCGCCACUGCCCCGACUAUUGUGAUAUCCACACGACCCUUCGGAGCGGCAAGACCGUCCCGAACUCCUCUCUCGGGGACAACGGUCUUGUGUACUGGCACGGUUCACAGGGUACCAGAGAGGCCCGUAUUUACGUUCCCUCCACUGGACAGCUACGUGUCGGAGCAGUAGCAGAGUUCCAUGACCAGGCAACCGCCGGUCAUAUGGGCUUCCACAAGACGUUGGCUCGUGUAAGCCGCCUGUACGUAUGGCCGAAGCGCAAGGACUUUGUGAAGGACUACAUCGCAGAGUGUCCCACCUGUCAGGAGGUGAACAGUGCGAACCACUUGCCUUAUGGUUUGCUCCAGCCUCUUCCUAUCCCUGAGGGUCAUUGGCAGUCCAUCUCGAUGGACUUUAUCCCUCCCAGUCAUGAUGCUAUCCUGGUCGUCGUCGACCGCUUCACGAAGCGUGCACGCUUUGUUCCGUGCCGCUAUGCCAUCAGUGCGCGUGAGGUCGCCGACAUCGUGUUUGACCGAGUCGUGCGUGACCACGACUUACCUCUGAGCAUCAUAUAUGACCGUGACCCGCGCUUUACCAGCCAAUUCUGGCGACGGCUCCACGAGGUAUACGGCACUCAGCUCCACUUCUCCUCGUCUUACCAUCCUCAGACUGAUGGUCAGACUGAGAUCACGAACAUGACUCUCGGAGAUAUUCUCCGAAAGAUUGUUCGUGACGACCAGCAGUGGGAUCUCCAUCUUGCCCACGCGGAGAUAGCCUACAACCACGCCGUCUCGCCACCCACGGGGAUGUCGCCUUACUAUUGCGACCUCGGCUAUCACCCGCGUGUUUCCGCGGACUUCCUUCGACCGUCCCAGAUGCACCCCGACACGAGUUGUCCCGCGCUGGAUGACUGGGUUGCACACAUGACGUCGAUUAUGAAGACCGCACAUGAGCAUAUAGCCGCUUCCCAGACUCGCAUGGCAGCACGUGCGAACCGAUCGAGGAUGGAUCACCCAUUCAAGGUCGGUGAUGAUGUGCUUAUCGACGCCCGCCACUUACAGCUCGAAGCGGACACGCUUCGCAAGUUUCGGCGUCGCUUCUUUGGCCCAUGCCGCAUCCUCCAGGCCGUCGGUUCUGAUACGGCAUCUAGCCCGGUCAGCUUUCGUGUGAAGCUGCCCGACUACCUACGCCAGGCUCGUGUGCAUGAUGUCUACCACGUCUCGUUACUGCCUCCUUACCGCAGACCGUCUAAGCGUUUCGCUGGACGACCAUACGAGCGCCCUCCACCCAUCAUGGUGGACGGCCGCGAGGAGUUCCUCAUUUCAGACAUCAUUGGUCGCCGAGUCACCGACGACAACCCUCCCCACGUCGAGUAUCUCGUACGUUGGAAGUGUUACCCUAAUGAGGAGGCUACAUGGGAGCCCCUCGAACACUUGCAGCACGCUCGCAUGUUGGUGCGUGCUUAUGACCGUGCUCGUCGUGCUGGGUUCACUGCUCCUCCUCAACCCACUGACCCUCCUCCUUCUCCCCCGGCUGAGGAGACCGCUGAAGUCGAGCCUGCUCCAUCUGAGGUAGACCUUCAGCAGCAGCCAGAUGCUUUUAAGCGUCCACAGCGCACUCGUCGUCGUCCUGCUUGAUACGACGAUUGACUCUGACUUACCUUCCCACGUCCUUGACUUCUCAGUACUCCAUCCACUCCAGUUUUGCUACUUCGGCUCGUCGACGUUGCGGCUCUUCCUCGACGGCAUUCCGGACUUCUCAUCGUGGACGUCAUCGGCAACUUCAUGGACUUCGUCACGAUCAGCUCUGCCUACUUCAGACGUCGCCACUCUCUUACCACUUUACCCUGUACAGUACCCUGCUUGUGUCGCAUGAUGGUCUCCCUUUAGCCGGGUUCCUCUAAGUUGGGCUCUCCCUCGGUAUACGCAUAGGCAUCGGGACCGUAGUGGUGCCCUGGCUUCCCAUCUUACGGAUCUAGCUCCGACUUCCCUCACUUUAGGAGUCAUUUGCAUGRUUCCCUUACCCAUCAUCUUUCUACCMUUCGCCGGCCCUCACGCCCUAGUUAGGCAGCCCCGCAUGCUUCAUCUAGGUGCGCCCAGUAUACCAGGCUCCCUUGUUCCCUUGCAUGGUCGACCCUCCAUAGCGGUCACCCCUUAGUCGAGCAUUACCCGCCCUGAU